CAGUGCACAGCUGAGGGAUGCUGAAGUAGGCUUGCCUGCUGCUGCUGGCUUGUUAGCCACCUUAGCUGCGCUGGUAAUCCUGGCAGACACAGCCGUUUUCUUCUCAUCCUUUCGAGCAGAAUUAACCGAGGGAGAUAUACGACACACAAUGGAGAGGACGCAGCGCAUGUGGUUGUCGUUUGUAUUCCCUGUUAUCGCCAGCUUUUGGUUAGAUGUCAAUGUUAUAGUUUAUAGCUAGAGCUGUCCGGUUAGCUCAUCUAGCCCGUGUCUGGUUAGCGCAGGGCCAAAGCCAAGGCCAAGCGAGAAAAGGGAGGCCGUCGUCAGGUGGGCAGAGGAGGAAAGAAGAAAAGUGGAACAUCAGAUUUUGUUUCAGACCCUUCUUUGAAGACGCCUCCACCAUCAUCUUAAGUCACUGUCACCCUCCGCUGAGACAUGUCUUCAUCAGGAUGCUGCCACCUACCCGGCUCCCUUUGUGAUUACUCGGGGAACGCUGAAUCUGAUGCCUCCAAGGAUUUGGAGGAGUCUGAUUCUAACACACAAGCCCAAUAUAUUGCCAAGGUGACGGCAAAAGAUGGCCGCCCACUCUCCACCGUCGUCAAAGCGGUGAGCCUGCAGAGCGAUGUGGGCAUGUGUCGGAUUUGUCAUGAGGGAGCUGGAGGGGAGACUCUGCUCUCACCCUGUGACUGCACCGGCACACUGGGAAAAGUGCACAAGAGCUGCUUGGAGAAGUGGCUGUCCUCCUCCAACACCAGCUACUGUGAACUCUGUCACACAGAAUUCACUAUUGAACGACGACCACAACCACUCACACAGUGGCUGAAGGACCCGGGCCCUCGCAGUGAGAAGCGCACCCUGCUCUGUGACAUGGCCUGCUUCCUGCUCAUCACCCCACUGGCCGCCAUCUCUGGCUGGCUGUGUCUGAGGGGCGCCCAGGACCACCUGCAGCUGAAGAGCAGACUGGAGGCUGUGGGCCUCAUUGCGCUCACCAUCGCCCUCUUCACCAUCUACAUCCUCUGGACACUGGUGUCAUUUCGGUAUCACUGUCAGUUGUACUCGGAGUGGAGGAGGACCAAUCAGAAAGUGCGCCUGCUCAUGCCCGACAUGAAAGGAGCACACACCACCCAACGAUCUGUGCCGACCAAGUCGACCAAGAAAAUGACUGACGAGACCAUCGUAUGAGUGCGGAGCAGUGCCGAGAGGAAUAUUUAAAAUAAUGCCCACUGAAGCACUCUCUAAAAAAAACAAAAUUAAUCAUAUUAAUGAACUUUUGCACUUCAUAUGGACCAUUCUGAUAGGAGAGAGCUGCUCUCUUCUCCUGUUUUCUUUUAUCGAAGCACUUGAUGUAAAAUAUGAUGGUAUUUGCCGACCACAAAGAGUGGUUUUGGGAGGAACUCAUUCCGGAGUCACAGCUGAUGUUGAGGUGCUGGGAUGUGAGACCGACUGAACACAUGGAUAAUGGACUAACCAGCCCAACCGUGUGUCUGUGACACAGACUUAAGAAGAAAUACUAAGACACAAGCUAAUGUAGCAGGAUAUAACUGAUUCAGCAUGCUACUACAGUAUAAUAUGAAACAUAUUCACUACCUAUAAUUCCCCCAUGCCCCUUCACAAUGUAUUUAGCAGUUUUUGAACAAAGGGCAGCCAUGAGCCUGGCAGAGGAUUAUAAUCUUACAAACAUGAUAGACAAAGUCUAUCUGUGAAUAUUCUUUAUUGACAAGCAGAGAGGGCAACAGUUGCUCAUACCAACCAUCUUGUCUUUAAUCUGAAACCUUUAAAGUUCCCGGGUGAGGCUUUAUCAUUGCAGUCCUUAUAGUGGAAAUAAAAUAAUUUCCCUGUUUGGACAUUAGCUAAGGCGUCACGUAUUUAUCACACUUGUAACGGGGUCAGUGAAGACUGAAGUAUACUGAAUAACACCAGCUGCAGCUGUUAAAACAGCAGAACAGCAAUGCUGGUAGAAUUGGAGGUAUGGAAAGUGUUAACAAUUGGAUGAUGUCUCUACUAUUGUCAUACAAGUGCAUUACAGCCCUGCUCCACUUGUAAAUGCACCAUUCAUUGAUGAGCUGCCUAGUAUUGACCAGUAGUUUAACGUGCGUCACAACGAGACACGACUUCUAACUGAAGAGAUCCGGCGGUCGGAAUAGUGCGAUUACAGAUUGUUGUCCAAUAGAAAAACACUGAGAGGUAUCAGAGCAGGCUGGUACUCUGUUAAGGUGCAAAAGACAAAUGUGUUCUGAGAUGUCAAUCAAUGUAUGCAGCGUAUGCUAAACAAAGUAUUUUGUGUCAUUGUAGUCUUCCUGAUGCAUCCCCUGAAAAGUUGGGUUAUUGUGCAAUAAAACACGAGGGACUCCGGGACUAAUUCAA